AUAGGAUAAAAGAACAUGAACAUCACCCUGAGCGGAGUUCGGUGAUCUGCAUCACUGUGUUCCGCAAAAAACGCACGCAUGAUGAGAAUAUUGCACAAUCACAGCUUAUUUAUGUUAUAAUGGAGGGAGUAAAUCAGUUGAAUAAUCAAAAGUAUGCUGCUGAUAUUGAUUCCAUAAAAGACGCACACACUCGCAUCAGCCCCUACAUUCACAAGACUCCAGUUCUGUCCUCCACAUCUUUGGAUUCCAUUUCGGGAAAACUGUUAUUUUUCAAGUGUGAAUGCUUUCAAAAGGGAGGAUCUUUUAAAAUUAGAGGAGCUUCAAAUGCUAUAUUUUUGCUAGAAGAUGAUCAGGCGGCUAAAGGAGUUGUUACUCAUAGCAGUGGUAAUCAUGCUGCAGCAGUUGCUUUGGCUGCAAAACUUCGUGGAAUACCUGCUUAUGUUGUUAUACCAAAAAAUGCCCCAGCAUGUAAGGUAGAGAAUGUCAGACGCUAUGGUGGUCAGGUCAUUUGGAGUGAAGCAACUAUGCAGUCUAGAGAGAGCACAGCCAGAGAGGUGCAGCAGAGAACAAGUGCCAAUCUGAUCCAUCCAUUUAAUGAUAAGUGUAUCAUAAGUGGACAAGGCACCAUAUCAUUAGAGUUGCUCGAGCAAGUACCUGAGCUUGAUACCAUAAUAGUUCCUAUUAGCGGUGGUGGUUUGAUAUCUGGGAUUACAUUGGCUGCUAAGUCAAUCAAUCCCUUUAUAAGAGUUGCUGAACCCAAAGGCGCUGACGAUGCUGCUCGGUCGAAGUUAUCUGGAAAACUAGUCACACAGUCGGACACAAAUACAAUAGCAGAUGGCCUCCGAGCUUUUCUCGGUGACUUGACUUGGCCUGUCGUCCGCGAUUUAGUUGAUGAUGUGAUUGUUGUAGAUGACGAAGAGAUUAUACGAGCCAUGAGGCUUUGCUAUGAGGUUCUUAAGUUGGCUGUGGAGCCGAGCGGAGCCAUUGGCCUUGCUGCUAUUCUCUCUGAUCAGUGCAAGCAGAAGAGUUACUGGAAGGACAUGAGGAAAAUUGGGAUCAUUCUUUCUGGAGGUAAUGUUGAUCUUGGAGUGCUCUGGGAUUCACUCAAGUGAACAUUCCAUGGAUUUUUUGUUGUUGUUUUAGAAGUUCGUGAGAAAGAGAGAACACUUCUAAGAGGAUAACAAACACUAUCACCUGCAUUGAUUUUGCUUUAUAUUGAGCAGAAAUGGAGAACUGUGCCCAGAUAGUUUGGUCGAAAGCAGUUUUGUGGUGUUUCAAAUCUCAUCUUUUUGCUUGCCUUAUUUAUAAAGUGGGAAUCCCCCGUUCAUCAAUAACUAUUAAUGAUUAUAUGCCAAUACAUGUUGCCUUGA